AACAUAUUCUGGCUUGAAUAUGAAUAUCAUGCCAUCAGCAAUGGCCUAAAAAGAAGAGGAUGGUUGCAGAAAACAGCUCCUACCUUUAAUGCUGGUGCCUUUAAAACUACAUUCUCUGAUCCAAGCAGGUCCUAUGAAUAUAAGAUGACGCUUUGGUAUGAUGUACAACCCAACCUUAUCUGGUCAAGACCUUAUUUCAACUUUAGAGAUCUGAAUGAGGAUCAGAUGAUCAAUAAUUUUGAUUGUACAAGAUGCUUCACAACCAAGGUUGGUCUGUGCCUCAGUUUAAGGGAACUGCCUUGGUUUGCCAAAGAAGAUCCACACACUUUCUACCCUCGUUGCCACAUAUUGGCAGAGGAAAGGCAAGAAUUCAUUGAUGACUACAGAUUGACUGCUGCUCGUAGUAUCCUGAAAUGGGUUUUGAGAGUCAAUGGGAAAUCUUUGAGAGAUGAAGAGGUUAUUCCCGAAGAGAGUGAAAAGGAAGCAAGCACUGCUAUGUGCCUGACAGAUGGCGUAAGCAGGACUGCCACUCGUGUCCGUAAAUGGUUUUUGAGAAUCAGAAGAAAGAGAAAGAGCACUUCUGUCUCCCUGCCAGAUGCUAAGAUGAGCGAUCCUGGCCAUGAAAGAACUGUUCCAAAUGAUAUUAUAGUAACAGCCCUUCUGGCAUGCAAGAUGCAUCUCGACACACUGGAACAUAAAAACAUAGACGGUGACUUAGAGCCCGUAGAAGCUCAGGUGGCUGCCCGUUGGAAAGCAUUUCUACGUGACUACUAUAAAGUUGUACGUGACGGCGCUCACAUACAGAAUUCUGAGAUGUAUGUAGAACACUGCCGCAGUAUUUUACGUAAGCUGGAGCCAGUGACCCCACAGCUGGAUAUUGACGGAGAAAAAAACAUCUGGAUCUUAAAACCAGGUUUUAGUUCCAGAGGAAGAGGUAUAUACUGCGAAAAUCGCAUGAAACACAUACUCCGUUUAGUGGAUAGUGAUCCUGAAGUCAUAUUAAGUGAGAGAUGGGUGGCACAAAAGUAUGUUGAGAGGCCACUUCUUAUACAUGAGGCCAAAAUUGAUCUCCGUCAACAUUUUCUAAUAACGGACUGGAACCCCUUAACCAUCUGGUUCUACAAGGACAGUUUCAUCCGUUUCUCAUCACAGCCCUUCACACUGGAGAAAUUAGACCGCGCCAUCCAUCUGUGUAACAAUGCUAUACAAAGGAAAUUAGAGAAUGCGCCAAAUCGUCACCCUGACCUGCCUGAAGAGAACAUGUGGCACAGUGACGAAUUCAAGGCGUACCUUCGUACAAUCGGAAAAGAGUAUGUCUGGGACUCGGUGAUUAUACCAGGGAUGAAGAAAGCCCUCAUUCACACUAUGCAGGUUUCCCAGGAUAAAACAGACUAUAGAAAGAACAGCUUUGACCUUUUUGGUGCAGAUUUUAUGUUUGGAGAAAACUUCCAGCCCUGGCUACUUGAGAUCAAUUACAAACCUGAUAUAAAGCAAGACACAUCAGUGAUGGAGAUUCUUGUUCCACCCUUGCUAGAGGACUUACUCCGAGUGGUGAUUGACUACAAGAAUGACCCUAACUGUGAUGUAGGAGGAUUUGAGCUGAUAUAUAAACAGGUACGAGCCCUAGGAAACUCACACAAUGUAUGUAUAACUUUAUUUAUAAAGCGCCAC